ACGUACAGAUUACUCCAGAUCCAGAACCCACCGCCAAACCACAGCCACACCGCAGACCACAGUUCGACAAUCCAAUCCCCGCCUCCAGCCAUUAUUAUUUGUCUCUCGAUCAUCAAGGAAGGGAAGAAAGCGCCGUCAGAACUGAUCCAUCGAUCCAUCCAUCGAUCCAUCCAUUCUAUUCCCACCUCACCUCAUCUCUUCUCUUCCAUCAUCGUUCUCUCUCCUCUCCCCUCGUCCAGCCACCCAACUAUCCAACUUUCUCUCCAACUCACCCCUGACUGUGUGUCCAGGCUUGGCUUUUGUUUUCUGUGGCCUCAAGCGGAAUCUCGCUCCCCCCCCGGUGUAGUCAGGUAGUUUUUUUCGUUUUAUUUUUUGGCGCCCAUUCUCCUCCCUAGAACACUCUCUACCCUACCCUUCCACUAUCGCUCAAACCAGCCUCUCCACCAAGGGCUACAAUUGAAUCCUUCUAUCGUCGUCAGCUUCUUUGUCGUCAUCAGCUUCUUUGUCGUCAUCAGCUUCUUUGUCGUCAUCAGCUUCUUUGUCGUCAUCAUUCCCUUCACCUGGACUUGUAGUAGUCCAAGCCUCCCACGAGUUUCGGUUCUCUGCAACCCCAGACCACCACAACCAACCACAUUGCUGUCACCAUGGCUUCAAAGUUCCUUCGAGAAUACAAGCUGGUCGUUGUCGGUGGAGGCGGUGUUGGAAAGUCAUGUUUGACCAUCCAAUUGAUCCAGAGUCAUUUCGUCGAUGAAUACGAUCCAACAAUCGAAGAUUCAUACCGGAAGCAAUGUGUUAUCGACGAUGAGGUUGCCUUGCUGGACGUUCUUGACACAGCUGGACAGGAAGAAUACUCAGCAAUGCGAGAACAAUACAUGCGGACAGGCGAGGGUUUCCUGCUGGUCUAUUCCAUCACUUCUAGACAGUCAUUCGAGGAAAUCAUGACUUAUCAGCAACAAAUACUGCGCGUGAAGGACAAGGACUAUUUCCCCAUCAUUGUUGUGGGCAAUAAGUGCGACUUGGUGAAAGAACGGGUCGUGUCUGAACAAGAGGGUGAAGCAUUGGCCCGCGACUUUGGCUGCAAAUUCAUCGAGACCUCCGCGAAAUCUCGCACGAAUGUUGACAACGCGUUCUACGAUAUCGUACGGGAAAUUCGCCGCUAUAACAAAGAGAUGUCAUCGUAUUCGUCGGGGGGAGGCGGUUAUGGAUCCCGAGCCCCAGAAAAAAUGGACAUGGACGACCGCGAAGACGCGCAGGGAUGCUGCUCAAAAUGCGCCAUCAUGUAGAUGGGGAAAAACCUCGUUAAACGACCAAAAACAAAGAAUUGUUGACUGCGAUUAAAGGAAAGGAAAAUAAAGAAGGAAAACAGAUUUAAAGAAAAUAUACGAAGACGGAACCACGAUACACAUGCAACCAGACAAUUUAUCAUUCUCCGCUUUCUACGGAAGAAUCAAAAGAGAAGAAACACAAAUUUAAAUACCCUACGAGUCGAUAGAAUGAUGCUGGACGACACUCUUUUCAAAAUCCACGGAAGCUUCGAAAUACGAGAACGCCCUUUUGACUCUCAGUUCGCAUUCCUGUAUUGCUUUAAUGGACCGAAAUUCUCCCCAACCACCUACUUUUCUUAUACCGCCAUUUCCCUCCUGCUCAGGUUUUGUCCCCGAGGAGCCAACAAUUUACUCUCCUCCCUCCCCCGCCAACAAAAGUAUUCCCAUCCUGAUAUCACUAUUUUUGUACUUCCCCUGUCGAGUCGGGCCAAAGGCAACACCAGCAAUUUACUCUGGUCCAAUCUCGCCUGCCCAACGCCCCUUUAUAUUUUUCACCUUUCACCGCUACAUAUAUUGUUCACCGCACGAACCUUCAACCUCAACUCUAGUUUAUUUCCUGUUGUAUGCUCCAUUUUUCCACCCUAUUCUUCUCUUUCUUUCCUUGUUCUCGUUCAUUUCUGGGCGCGUAUUUCACAGUACAUUUUUUUUUUCGUUUUUACCCAAUCUCUAUUUUAUAUUUGGUCCCUCUACAACCUUCUCUCUCUACCCUACCUCUCUUUUUAUUUUGUUUAUUUUUUUAUCUUAUUUCAUUUUCAACUGUCCUUAUUCCAUUCCUUGAAAUUCCUGCGUCGCUAUUCUAUACCUAUAUCGCCAUUUCAUCUAAAUCCCACCUUCUCGCCCGUCCAUUCCCUCACAAAUCACACCGUAUCCAACAAUGCAUGUGAAGACUUGUUCCUUUUUUUUUU